AUGCCGUCUCGCUGGAACAACACGUGGGUGCCCUGGACGGACUGCGUCGAGGAUCCGUCCUACAUCGCCUGCAACGUCGACACUCCAGCUUCUGGUGACGCUCAUUCUUGUGCUGUGAUGGAGCGCUCGCAAAACAUGCACACCGUGUUACUCCUAGCAUUCGCAUGCUUGCUGGCGACUUCCUCCUCUGCUGAUACGAAACCGCCCAACAUCAUUUUCAUACUCGCUGAUGAUAUGGGCUGGAAUGAUGUCAGUUUUCACGGUUCCAAUCAAAUUCCUACACCCAACAUCGACGCAUUGGCUUACCAUGGGAUCAUCUUGAACAACCAUUAUGUUCAACCAAUCUGCACACCCUCCAGAGCCGCCUUUAUGACGGGAAAGUACCCUAUACGCACAGGUGAGCAGGGUACCCCUAUGGACGAGCACGAGGGUCGCGGGUUAGCCAACGGCACCCUGCUGCCCGGCUACCUGAAGCAGCUCGGUUACGUCACCAGAGCCGUCGGCAAGUGGCACCUGGGCUUCCACGAGGUGGAGCUCACGCCCACCUACCGCGGGUUCGACUCCUUCCUGGGUCACUGGGGCGGCUCCAUCGGCUACUUCGACUUCAUCGUCCAGACUACACCCGACGGCAAGGAGCUGAACGGCUACAUCCUGUGGAAGAACCUGACGACGGCGUGGGAGCACGCCGGCCGCUACUCCACCGACGUCUACACGGAGGAGGCGGAGCGGCUCAUCCUGGAGCACGACACGGAGAGGCCGCUCUUCCUGUACCUGGCGCACCAGGCCUGCCACUCGGGGGACCCCGCCGCCCCCGUCACCGCGCCUCAGGACGCCAUCAACAAGUUCCUCUACAUAUCGGACCCCAACAGGCGCAUAUACGCAGGCGUGGUGUCCAAACUGGAUGAAUCGGUGGGCCGAGUGGUGGCGGCGCUGCAGAGCCGAGGAAUGUUGGAGAACUCCAUCAUCGUCUUCACUCCGGACAACGGAGCGCCCACAACGGGCAAAACCGCCAACUGGGGUUCCAACUACCCCUUCAGAGGCUUGAAAGCGACGCUGUGGGAAGGCGGUGUGCGAUCCCCUGCCCUGGUGUGGAGCCCGCUGCUGCAGAACACGCCCAGAGUGUCCCACCAGCUGAUGCACGUCACCGAUUGGCUGCCCACGUUCUACGCUGCUGCAGGAGGAAAUGUGUCGUCACUUCCGGAAGACCUGGACGGCGUCAACUUGUGGGACGCUCUCGUCACUAACGCUGAAUCUCCACGCACAGAGGUGCUGCUUAACAUAGACGAGAAGGUCGGAAACGGUGCGAUCCGCAUCGGCGACUGGAAGCUCGUGAAAGCUAUCCACUAA